AUGCCUGGGAUGGCUUUGCUGUCUUACCCUCUGCUGGGGCUAUCCCUGCUGACUGUGCUGGUGGCUGCCCUGCUGGUGGCCAUCCUGCAUUUCUGGCAGGGUGCUCCAGCAGGGACAAAGAUCCGUAGGGCACAGAAGCAUAGGGAGAUAGCGCUGCAGCAGAUGGCAGCUCUGGCACAGCGUCUCCGGGAGCAGGAACCAGGCCUGGACCCCAAGCCCAUCCUGGAGCUGCCCCUGGUGAAGCUGGCCCAGAAAUUGCAGGCGGAAGAGCUGAGUCUGGAGAGCGUCCUCUGUAGCUAUUUAGAGGAGGCACUGAAGGUGCACCAGGAGGUGAACUGCCUGACAGAUUUCCUGGGGGAAUGUGAGAAGGAACUGCAGGCAUUGAAGAAGCUCAAGAAGAGUGAGAGAGGGCUUCUCUAUGGGGUCCCCAUCAGCCUCAAGGACCCCUAUGACUGCCUGGGCCAUGAUUCUACGUGCGGCUUGGCCCAGUUCCUGGAGAAGCCAGCAGCUGAGGACGGGGUCAUUGUGAAAGUGCUGAAGGCCCAGGGAGCUAUUCCCUUCGUUAAGACCAACAUCCCCCAGACACUGCUCAGCUUUGAAUGCAGCAACCCCAUCUAUGGACAGACUCUGAACCCUUUGAACUUGAAGAAGAGUCCUGGAGGGUCCUCAGGGGGUGAAGGAGCUCUUCUGGCAGCAAGGGGUUCCAUCCUGGGCAUGGGCAGUGACACAGGUGGCAGCAUCCGCAUACCAGCCAGCUUUUGUGGUGUCUAUGGCCUCCGAACUACAGGAAACCGCCUCAGCUACUCUGGAGUUUCCUCUGCUGUGAAGGGCAAGAAAUCAGUGAGCACCGUGGCUGGCCCCAUGGCCCGGGACGUGGACAGCUUGGUGUUGAGCAUGCGAGCCCUGCUGAGCAAGGACAUGCACCAGCUGGACCCCACUGUGCCUUUCAUGCCCUUCAGGGAGGAGGUAUACUCCAGUAACCAGUCACUUCGGAUUGGCUACUAUGAAUCAGAUGGAUACACUGAACCAUCUCCUAGCAUGGCCAGGGCCGUGAGGCUCACCUGCAGGCUGCUCCAGGAUGCAGGACAUGAGGUCAUCCCCUUCUCUAUCCCCCGGAUAGAGUAUGCGAUACAACAUCUGUACAAAGCGGGUCUGUUUGCUGAUGGAGGGGCCACUCUCCUCCAGAAGCUUGAGGGGGACAUUGUGGACCCCUGCAUGAAGAAGGUGGUUAGCAUACUCCACCUGCCAAACCCAGUGAAGAGAAUCUUGGCAUGGAUGCUGAAGAACACAGAACCCCGAACUGCCCAGACAGUGGAAACAUUUCUUGGAGUGGGGACACCCAAGAAACUGUGGGAGCAGCACACGGAAGUGAAGGAAUAUCAGCAAGAGUUCAUAGCCAAGUGGAAGUCCUUGGACUUGGAUGUGCUGCUGGCACCAUCUCUGGACCCUGCCUUCUAUAUAGGCUAUGGCUCCAAAGCAUCAGAGAGCAUCUCUUACACCACCCUGUACAACGUGCUGGACUUCCCUGUUGGUGUGGUGCCUGUCACCACCGUGACACUGCAGGACCAGGAGGAACUGGCCUUCUACAAGGGAUACUACAGAGAUAGUAGUGACAGAUAUUUCCCGGAGGCGAUAAAAGGAUCCCUGGGACUUCCAGUGGCUGUGCAGUGCAUCGCUUUGCCAUGGGAAGAAGAGCUGUGUCUUCGGUUCAUGAAGGAGGUCGAGACCAUGGCCAAGAACCAGAGGGAACCCAAAUGACGGGCUACUUCUUCUCCUGGAGAUCUUCCUACAUCUUCAUCCACGUCUGCUCCUGAUGCCCUUUCAGCUUCUCAUAAAUACCACAUCCAUAUCAUCUCUCCUCCUCCUGGAAGCUCAUGUAUUUAUUCAUUUAGUAGUCUCCCUGUCCUUGUAGGUGCUUAAUCCAUGGAAUCAGAUCCACCUAAGAUGGGUGUCAGGGUGAAGAGCUCAAUAAA